ACCUGACGCAAACAGCUGGAUCACAGCCCAAAUGAGAUUAACAAGAAGAGCUGCGCGUAUAAAUAGGAUGGGACUGAGGACAGACACAAGAGCCACUCGUAAUAUUCCGUGUGAAGGAACAAUUGGUUCGAGAUUUCCAUCUCAGGUUGACACACUAUCUAUCGCCAACUAUGUCUCUUUUUAACGGAAUUAGACCAUUUUACCCCCACGACAGAACCUCGUUCAUUUUCGCCAUCACUUUACUCGUGGUUAUCCUGGUGUUCCUGGUCUUUACCCUAACACUGUUCAUUAUCCUACCGGGAAUCAGAGGGAAAGGGAGAGUUUAUUCGUUCUGCAGAAUUAUUUUAAGCCUCUUUGUUGGAGUUAUUAUUGUAGUGGUGAACUUUACUGGUGACUGGGAAGUUGGAUUUGCCAGGGUGACCACAAUUUACAAGGCUUUCAGUAACGAGACAAUCACUGCAAAAGUAGGGCUCCAUAUUGGACUGGCAGGAAUUAAUGUGACUCUGAGAGGAAUCCCUGAGAACCAGCUGAAUGAAACCAUAGACUACAACGAGAACUUUCUGUGGAGAUUUACACUGAAUUACGAUGAGCAAUAUAACAAUGGGCUUAAUCGAGGGCUUCCACAUCCAAUUUUAUAUGUUGCUGAGAAGUUUCAGAGCAAGAGCCCCUGCCUUAUUCAUGACCAGUACAGGUUCUCUGGACAUUAUGCAACAGCCAUGAUGUGGGUGGCAUUUUGUGCCUGGAUCGUCACUAAUAUUCUCUUCUCCAUGUCAACUAUUGUGUACGGAGGCUACAUGGCAUUGGUCACAUCUGCAUUCAUGAUUUUCGGAGUCAUCUCAUUUGCGACUGUACAGAAUGUAUCUCCAUGCAUCAUUCAGUUUGGUCCGGCAACACUGAAGACUAAUUUCAGUGGUUCCUUCUGGCUGACAUUAGCAACUGCAUUGCUGUGCUUCAUUCUUGGAGUAAUUGUAAUCGUUAUGGAUCACUGUAUCCCAGAGAAACUGAGAACAUUCUUCAUGCUAAAUGGAGAGGAGGACGAUGACAAUGAAAUGAACAAUGGAUUAAUUAACCACACUUUUACUGAUGAAUAUGGAAAUGCUCUACAUUUAAAGAAUAUUAAAAAUGGUUUUGAAAACAAGGACUUUGUUGUUUAUACUUAAGACUGAAGAUGCUUGGAACUGAAAAGGAUUACCAUGCAACACCCAGCUCACUCAACAGUGCAACAGCUUCACUGGGCAAUUCCUGAAGGAUGUAAAAAUUCUAUGUGUACUUUAUUUUUUAAAGACUGUUUUCGUUAGCUUAUUUUGUGAAAUGGCAGCGAGACGCCUUGAGCCAACACUGUACCAUUGAAAGUGAGCAGUCUUGUGGAUUAUUUGAUAAUGUAGCAGUCUUGUACCUGUACCUUGUUUCAGACUAUUUGGAGAUGCAAGACUUGGAUCAACUGCAACUGUGCGAAGAGGGACAAAUUAUUUAUAGUCAGACUUAAUGUUUUUUUGUUCUGAAACUAAACAAUGCCAACAUUUAAACAUGUGAAAUCUGGCAAAAGGUCUCGAUGGGCAGUAGGAUAUGAGAGAACUGCACUUUAAUAGAUUAGAGUUAGGAUUCCUAGUGAACAUUUUAUAGUCACAGAGAUCUACAGCACAGAAAAAGGUCUGUGCCAGAUGGAAACAAGCACCUACCUAUUCUAAUCUCAUUCUCCAGCACUUGGCCCAUAACCCUGUAUACUUUGUUGUGGGAGUUUUCAAAUCAAGAGCAAACAUCCUUCAAGUCAUUUUGGUUUUGAUUUUAGGAAUGAGCAAUAUGUAGAUAUCAACCCUGUCAACAUCUCACUGAAAAAUGCUAGGUUCUGACAAGGCUGAUCAAGUAGAUUCUGAGAGAUUACUUCUGCUGAUCGAGGAAACUAAAACACAGGACCACCAUCUCUGGAUAAGGGAUCGAUCUUUUAGGAUUGGGAUGAGGAGAAAUUUCUUCACUCAGGCAUUUCUCUACCCGAGAGAGUUGAGGGUGCUCUAUCAUUGAAUUCAGUUAAGGCUGGGAUACACAUUUCACUAUUGUCUCUCAGGGACUCAGGGGAUAAGGGAUGUGGGCGUGAAAAUUAAGUUAAAGCCCAAGAUCAACCACAAUCAUAUUGAAUGGCAGAGCAGGCUCGAGGGGCUGAAUGGCCUAGUUCUCUUUUUUGUGUAAUAACCUGCAAAUACUGUCAGUGAUUCGGCAGACGAUGUUUUAACUAGUUGUUAAUAUAAUUUCGAGAUUUAUAUCUGUUAUUGGAAUUCACGGACAAGGAUCUAGACUUAACAGGGAAUGUUGGUCGAGAAAUCAAAGGUGCACAACAUUUUAUUUUUCUCUCAAUAGCAAGAAAAACGUAAGAACCUGGUGUCACUUUCUGAUCUCAUUGCGAACACGAAAACAACUCAAGCAUUUGUUGGGCAAUUGGAACAUGUAACCUGACUACUAUGUAAUGUUGCUAAAACUCGAAGAACAAGACUGUGUUUAAUAUGUGAAAGAGUUAAUUUCAAUGAGUCAGAUGUGUACUGCUGCUCACUAAGAGUUAUGGAUUCAUACACAUGGGUACGGACAUCUCUUUUACAAAUAGUCUGAGUAAAAUCUUAAACACGGAAUGUACAUAUUUAUCAGUGCACCUAAGGAGCAAGGAGGUGUCUCCCUAAUUAUAAAUAUAGCAUCAAAUGAUUUGUGACUGAUGAACAAGUUUCCAUUUACCUUGGCUGUAAAUUAUUCUUAACUUCUUAUUUAUUAAGUAAAAUUGAAUGAGAUGCAA